AUGAGUGUCAUGGCGAAUGGGUGGGAAUCGCGUGAAAAGUCUAGGUUAGCCGUUAAAAGGAUUCCUAAACAGGAAGACAACUCACUUGUCAUUACCACCUCACAGCAAAGUGAUGAUGAAAUGGUGGAUGUUAAGCAUUUUUCUACCACCGGCUCCUCUGCGCUGCAAGUUGUUACUACCCCUGCUCCAAAAAGACCUAAUGUAAGGCUGGAUAGCCUUAUAAUGGAAGCAAUAACUACCUUGAAAGAGCCUGGUGGCUCUAACAAAACAGCAAUUGGUGCCUACAUUGAGCUAAAUAGCAUCGUGCCACAUUUCAGUUUGAUGGUCUCCAGUGGGUUGAAUAUGUUGUCUACUAGAAUUUCUGAAGUCAUCAUUGGUUAUACUCUUUGGGAACAAUAUCACGCUCCGCUAGACUUCAAACGGGUGCUGUCUACCAAGCUAAAGUACUUGACAGCUUGUGGUAAACUUGUGAAGGUUAAGCGCAAGUAUAGAAUUCCAAACUCCACUCCUUUGUCUUCCCACAGGAGAAGAAGUCUUGGGGCAUUUCCAGGAAAACAAAGGACUUCUUCUUCUUUGCCUUCACCUAAAACAGACAGAGACGAAGUGAACACUCAGACAAUGUCACAGAUCGAUACAGAAGCCUGGGCGGUUUUACCUCGCUCAGCAGAGGCCGGUGUCUCUCUUCCAUGGUUCUUCUUCGAGUUUGGCAAGUGGAUUGUGUUUGUUCGGUCUUCCUUUGGCAAGAUACCUAGGCUUCCGGCUGGUUUGGAGUGA